CAUAAGGAAAUAGACCAAUCAGUUCUCUUAUGCUUAUGCAUUAUGCGUUGUGAAGAAGUGUGUGCUCCCCGAUUAAAACUUAAUUGAUUAUGUUGGAGGUGGUUUGAGAGCGUAUGUUGAAGGGGAGAAUGUACUGAAGACUGAAGGCAAACCACCUUAUGUAUAUUGGAAUAAUUUUCAAAAAAGUAGAGGAAAUAAAAAUAAUGUCCUUGUGCUUAAAAAGCUCGGAUUUGUUUGGGUGCUUUGCCUUCAGUACAUUCUCCCCUUCAACAUACGCUCUUAAACCACCUCAAACAUAAUCAAUUAAGUUUUAUUAAAGGAUUAUUAAAAAAUUUAUUUUACAACUCGCAUACGCGCCCGAUCUUUGAAUCGCAUCGAUACACGACUUGGAAGGUUCUGUUCGGGGCUGCUAGAAACGCGCAACAGUCGCUACCCAUGACGAAUUCCACAAGCUGCUCCGAUACUCCGAUCUCAGAUCACAAAAAGACAGGGUUGAAACGGUUGGGAUUUCGAUUUAUGUGUAAAUUGUAAAGAUAAGGACAGUCAUCCGCACCCGAUGGAAAAACUUGGCUUUGCUUUGGAUAAUGGCUCUUCGCCUGCGGAUGCGGAACAAACCAAUCCACAGAAGCCCAGGGAAUUAAGGAUACAGAGGUGGAUUCAAUCAUUGGUGCAUGCCUGCCAGUGCAGAGAUGCUAAUAACUGUCGUCAGUGUCGUCUACCGAGUUGCCAGAAGAUGAAGCGAGUGAUGAUGCAUACAAAGAAUUGCAGGAGAAAGACCAAUGGCAGGUGUCUUAUAUCCAAACAGCUGAUUGCGCUGUGUUAUUAUCAUACUGCCAAACACUGCCAAAAGACCAAGUGUCUCGUUCCAUUCUGUUCCAACAUCAAGCACAAGAUAAAGCAGCUACAAUUGCAGCAACGAUUACAACAAUUGACAAUCAACGAUGAUUCAGCGUCAACGUUGGAUGUUGAAUAAAUAUAACUUUUUUUUUCUUAAGAUUUUUGUUUGCUGAAAAUGAGCGUCAAGCGUCAACGUAAAAAAAUGACGCCUUACGACCAUCUAAAGAUGUCAUUUUUAAAAUGUCUUGAAGACGUCCAAAUAAAGUCUUUUUGUAACUAUUUUUAUUUAAUGUUGUAUAAUAAAAUAAUAAUAAAGACCACAAAAUUAACUAUAAUAUGUUUAAUUGUUUCGCAACU